UAUAUUAGAAUAUAUAGACGACACUAGUUCACAAAUAAAUACUGUUUUAAUGUGGUGGUAUUAAUGCAAUAUAUAUUUAUAUAUCUUAAUAUAAGUAAUAUUAAAAUAAAAUAAAAUUUAAUACAUUAAUUUUGAGAACAUAUACUUUUUAAUAGUGUAUUAUAAAAAAGAUACUAAAAGAUAAAAAUAAUGAGGUGACUAACCUACUUUGAUUACAAGUACGACCACCUAGUACAAAUACAAAUAAUACAGACAAUUAAAAACAGCGGUAAAAAGUAACAACAUCGGUAAAAACAACGAUAAUAUUAAACAUAAUUUAGAAGUUUUUUAUAAAUAUAUGAAUCUCUUCGUCUUUAUCUUUUGAAAAAUAUAAAAAUAUCGAUGUUUGAAUGUAAAUUACAAAAAUAUUUAAUGAAAUAUAAAAAUCAUUCAUUAAUUUUAUUAAAUAUUAAACAUACAAUUUUAAAUAGUGAACUUUUGUUCAUGAAUAACUUCCAUAUAAUGGAAGUUUUGAUAUGAUUAUUCAAUAUAGUAUGCUAUAUUUUGGAAAUGGAAUACAAGAAAAUUAUUAUUAUAUUAAGAGGGAUUCGAUUAGAUAAAGAAAAGAAUUAUUGCUAUUUUGGCAAUUAUUUUCUUAACAAAGAUAAAUGGCCAUGGCUGAAAAUUCAGAAAAUGAAAAAUAUCCUUUACACAAAUGCAUAUUUCAAGGCGAUGUUAAAACUUUAAGUUCUUUAAUUAGAACUUGUAAUAUCGCUGAAAAAGACAGACAAGGAAAUACUCCUUUACAUUUAGCUGUCAUGUUAGGAAGAAAAGAAUCAAUCCAAUUAUUACUUGCACAUAGUGCACCAGUAAAAGUGAAAAAUUUAGCUGGAUGGAGCCCACUUGCAGAAGCAAUCAGUUAUGGAGAUAGACAAAUAGUAUCAUCAUUACUAAGAAAAUUAAAACAACAAGCUAGAGAGCAAAUGGAAGAAAGAAGACCAAAUUUAGUUGCAACAUUACAUGAAAUGGGAGACUUCUAUAUGGAAUUAAAAUGGGAUUUUCAAAGUUGGGUGCCAUUAGUUUCUCGUGUUCUUCCUUCUGAUGUUUGUAAGAUACAUAAAAGUGGAGCAUCCAUUAGAAUGGAUACUACUUUAGUAGAUUUUAAUGAUAUGAGAUGGGAAAGAGGUGAUAUCUUUAUUUUUAAUGGUGACCAAAAGCCAAGCAAAUCAUUGGCAAUACUUGAUAAUAAAACUAAACGUUAUCAAAGAGUAGGAUGUGAGGAAACGGAAUUAGAAAUAGAAGAUGAAGUUGAUAUUCUUAUGUCAACUGAUAUUAUGGCAGCACAAAUGUCAACAAAAGGUAUUACACUUUCAAGAGCUCAAACAGGCUGGAUAUUUCGUGAAGACAAAAGGGAGAUGGUAGGGCCUUUCCACGCGGACUUUUACCAAAUCAACGGAUUGGUUUUGGAAAGUAGAAAACGAAGAGAACAUUUAAGCGAAGAAGACCUACAAAAAAAUAAGGCUAUUAUGGAAUCACUAAUAAAAGGAAGUUCACAAGGAUUUGCCAAUGGAAAGUCUCAAGUUAGAAGAGCUUCUUUAAAUCCACCACCAGACUCAAAUAUUACUUGGGAAGAAUAUAUUAUGGCUUCACCUGGUCAAUGUCCACUUCUUGGAAGAAAUCUUGUUUAUAAAGAAAGCAGUAAAUCAUUUAAAGCAACAGUUGCCAUGAGUCCAGAUUUUCCAUUAACUGUUGAUAUGUUACUCAAUGUUUUGGAAGUAAUAGCACCAUUCAAACAUUUUAGCAAAUUACGAGAAUUUGUUCUAAUGAAAUUACCACCUGGUUUUCCUGUCAAAAUUGAUAUUCCUAUUUUACCUACGGUAACAGCAAAAAUUACUUUUCAAGAAUUUGCCUUUAGAAACGAUAUAGAUCCUAAAUUAUUUCAAAUACCACCAGAUUAUCUUGAAGAUCCUACAAGAUUUCCAGACUUAUGACAAAUUUAUGACAUAUCUUCCAUAUGUUGAAGAAAAAUAAUAAUUCAAGUUAAUUAUCACAAUAAAAAGAAAAUUGGUUUUUUGGGAAAACUAUUUAUUUUAGAAUUAUUUGAUUUCUAAAUUUUUUUAAACAUAUUGCUGCCAGAAAGGCCUCCAAAAAAAUACUCUUUAAAAAAAAAAUUGUUCUUUUGAAUACAAAAUAUAACAUGUAUUCUUGUUGAUAAAACUACACAAUAAGUUUAAGAAAUCAUAUACUCUAUUUACAAAUACUAUUUGUAUGCUAAAUCUCUUAAAGAAAAAAACAUCUCAAUAAAUUUAAUGCACAUUA